CCCCCCCCUUCCCCGCUGGCGAGCAAGGGCUGGUGGCCCGGGGCACGGCCCAUCCAGGUGCCCGUUGGGUGCGGCGCCCGUGGCCUGGGCGUCUCGGCCUCCGGCCGCCUCUGGUAACCCCGGGCGCCCGCUAGCGGCGCCGCUCGCGCCAAUUCUCGAACGGCUCUACGCCGGGCGCGGCGCGGGGCUGCGAAGCUAGAACCCGCUGCUACGUAACUUGCGCGGCCGACGGCGCCCGCGCAGGCGCAGGACGGGGCGCCGCCGCGGGAGCCGGGGAGCUGGAGCCCGGCGUCCCGGCGACCGGAGCCCGCUUCCCCAGCGGCGGCCCGAGGACGGGACAUCGGCGUCCUCCUGCGCCCCACGGCUGAGGGUAACCAUGGAAAUGGGUUGGGAUGGGAGGUCAAGUCCAAGGGCCCAAAGGAGUGAUGGGCAUCUCUGCUCCCAGGUGGUGUUCAAGGCCAAGGCGAAGCGUCGGCCAGAGAUGAGCCGAGGCUUGCUGGCUGUCCGAGGAGCCUUCGUGGGGGCCUCCCUGCUCUUUCUGCUGGUGAACGUGCUGUGUGCGGUGCUGUCCCGCCGGCGCCGGGCACAGCCCUGGGCCCUGCUGCUGGUGCGAGUCCUGGUGAGCGACUCCCUCUUCGUCAUCUGCGCACUCUCCCUGGCUGCCUGCCUCUGUCUCGUGGCCCGGCGGGCCCCCUCCACCAGCAUCUACCUGGAGGCCAAGGGGACCAGUGUGUGCCAGGCAGCCGCCAUGGGAGGCGCCAUGGUUCUGCUCUACGCCAGCCGGGCGUGCUACAACCUCGCAGCCCUGGCCUUGGCGCCCCGCAGCCGGCUGGAUGCCUUUGAUUACGACUGGUACAACGUCUCCGAUCAGGCGGACCUGGUGAAUGACCUGGGGAACAAAGGCUACCUGGUAUUUGGCCUCAUCCUCUUUGUCUGGGAACUGCUGCCCACCACUCUGCUGGUGGGCUUCUUCCGGGUGCACCGGCCCCCACAGGACCUGAGCGCCAGCCGCAUCCUCAACGGGCAGGUCUUCGGCUCCCGCUCCUACUUCUUUGAUAGGGCGGGCCAUUGUGAGGAGGAGGCCUGCUCUUGGGAGCACAGCCGGAGUGAGAGCACCAGGUGCCGGGACCAGGAGGUCACCACCACAGCCUCUACUCCACCCCACAGACGUGACCCCCUCCCACUCGCCCCACACCUGUGGCCCCCUCGCCCCAGGCCCUGUGCCAAGUUCAUCUGCCGCUUCCUGCCCAGGAUCCCGGGGGCCAUGGCCGCCCCCUCCUCUGGCCAGCUCCUUGCUGCUCCUCUCGUAGUGAGCUUGUGCUGUCCCCCUAGGAUGGGGGGGUCCAGCCCUGACUGCCAGAUGCCCACCGCGCCCUGGCAUGACCUGCCACCUUCGCUUCCACAUUGGAGCCAGCUACCUCUCCUGUGCCUGCCAUUCAAUAAACUGUCUGUGCCCCCGGCUGCUCCCCAGACUGUCACUCUCUGCUCUGGCUCCUCCCGGGUUGGGGUGGUUGUGGCCUCAGGCCGAGGCCAGGCUGGCCCUUGACACUUGGGUGGUUAG